AUGGCCAAACGAAUCUUUGACAAAAUUCCUUUAUUACUUAUUCAAAAUAAAUUUCGUAAUUCUUCAAAUAAUUUACUACAACCAUUUAGCUACAACUUGAAGUCAACUUAUAUUUUUCAAAAUAAAGUUUUAAGUUAUAAAUCGUUUAGUACUAUAUUUGUGAGUAUAAUAAAUAAUGUUCGAAACGUUUCUCAUUUAAGAUAUUAUUCGGAUUCUUCAAUUUCUUUCAAUAAUAAUAAUAAUGUUAGUUAUGAUGAAUUACAACAAUUAUUGAAUGAAAAAAAUAAAGGAAAACAAAAAAAUGUUUGCAUUAUUGAUGUUCGUGAACCUUUUGAAUUAAUUGGUGGUCAUAUUCCAUAUGCUAUUAAUAUUCCUUUAAAUGAAUUUGAAGAAGCCUUGUCAUUAUCAGAUGAUGAUUUUAAUAAAAUUUAUGGAUCACCAAAGUUUAAUAAAGAUGAUCAAGUCAUACUUUAUUGUAAAGCUGGACAAAGAAGUAUGGUUGCUGCUGCAAUUGCCAAACAUCAUGGGUUUAUUGGAGCUAGAAAUUACCCUGGAAGUUGGUUAGAAUUUUCUGAAAAGAGUAAAACAAAUUAA